AUGAUGCUCAUUCUGGUACUUGGUGAGUACGGUCCAUAUUGGCGCAUGUUAAAGCGAAUCUGUACUACUGAACUCUUCUCUAGAAAGCGUAUCAAAGACACAGCACCGUUACGAAGGCAAUGUGUUGACAAGUUGAUACAAUGGAUAGCUGAUGAAGCAAAGGAGACGGGUACUAGUGUUGAGCUAGCACGAUAUGUUUUUGCGUCGUCUUUCAAUGUGAUUGGAAAUCUGAUACUUUCCAGGGACCUUGUUAAUCCAGAGUCCAGCAAAGAAAAUGAUUUCUUUAACUUGAAUUCUGAAUUAACAGAACUUACAGCUAAACCAAAUAUAGCUGAUGUAUUCCCUACUUUACGUGGAUUGGACCCCCAAGGUUUACAGCGGAAGAUUAAAGAGAAACUCACGCUUGUUCUUGCAGUUAUUGGUAGCUUUGUAGAGGAAUGGCGCCGAAGUAUGGAAUUGGAAGGAGGACAGAAAAAAGGCAGGGAUUUCUUGGAUGUGCUCAUGGAAUUUGAAGGCAGCGGCAAGGACGAACCAGCUAAAAUUACUGACCAAAAUCUCAACACUCUCUUACUGGAACUCUUUAUGGUGGCCACAGAGACAACAAACACUUCGGUCGAUUGA